AUGAGCUCAGGAUCUAAAGGAACUAGAAGAACAAGACCCAAGGAUAAAAUCUCAGCUCCGGAGUCCCGAAGUCGCCGUCGUUUGCAGUUUGCUGCCGCUCCGCUCCAAGGCAAGUCAUUCUUCCUUCACGUACAGUCAGCAGCCAAAGCGCGGGAACUGGAGAAGAAACUUAAAGAACUAGGAGGGGUGGUGGAAAAAUUUCUGAGUAAGGAACUGUCCUGUGUUGUAACUGACCAGCCAAUAGCAUCUGUGCGCUCCACAUCUCAAAAGGAAACCACGAGCUUUGCUCUUUCAGGACUUAGAGGACAAACCCGUGCCCAAGCCAUACUCCAAAAGUCUGUAAAGCAGCAGAAACAAGCAGCUAAAAGUACUGAUGUCCUGACCAAUGCAGACAAAUGGGGGAUUCAAGUCAAACCGGUUGAGCAGGUGUUAAAAUGGAUUGAUGCCCAGAAGAAACGUGAAGCUUCCGCCCAGCCGACUGGCCGCGUGUGCAGUCUAAGAGGAGCUUUCCUUAAAGUGGAGGAUCACAGCCGGCAAUACAAGCCGCUUGUCAAAGAACUGAAUGUCUGGCCUCGCCUCAAUUUAGAUGCUCCACCCGGCUUCUCGCCAUUUGACGAACCUGUCAGCAUGCGCACUAGAUCACGAAGUUCAUCGAAGAGUCCAGCACGUGGAGACAGCAAGAGUAAGACCAAACAACAACAAACAACAGGAAGUGAUGCUGACAAGAAAGGCUACUGUGAGCUGUGUGAUGCGCCUUACACGGGAAUGAAGAAACAUGUCGCCAGUAAAGAACACAAGAUGGUUGCUUCGCAGAAAGGGACCUACGCAGAACUGGACAGGCUUAUCGGCAGAGGAAAGACUCUGAAAGAGUUUGAAGACGAAGUGAAGAGGAAAAGAGCUUCUAAAGCUUCCGAGACAACGCGUGUAACAAGAUCACGAACCAGAAGUCGAUCUCCAGUGGCUGUUAAAUCAACUCCUCAAAAGAGCUUGAAGGCACCGACAACGCCGCGAAGAAAAACUCCGAGCCGACAGUCGCAGACUCCAUCUCCCGCCCGUAGAGCCCCGAGUUCCGGUCGGAAGGCUCCACAGACAGUAACACCAAUCAAACUAGUCCGAUUCCAAGAUCAAUACUCUGUAGCUAAAUCGACGUCCAAGAAACGCCGCCGGAAUGACACGGACAACAUCAGCCCAGGCAAAUCAGCGAAACGAAAAAAGACGGAUCGAUAUACGAUCGUGGAGUCGACACCGAUGAGGAUCAGACUUCGCCGCAGCAGGAGGAAAGGUUCGUCGACAGCGAGAGGUUCCAUGUUCGUUAACCCGAGCACUCGCUCGCCAUAGAAUUUGACCAAAGACAACUGCUCAUAACACAAGCAGCAGUCUAAAAAUUUGAAACAUCAUUAAGUUUUCAGUUAGAUGGUGGACGCCUUAGAAUGAGAUAUUUAAAACAUAUACUGAACAACAAAGAGAGCAUCAAAUCACAACCCGAUAGAUAAUACGAAAGGGAUAAUUUGAAAAAAAACUGAA